GGUUGCCUCGGAAUCGUCCCGCUAGGGGGCUGACGCUUAGGGCUGAGGCGGGUGCUUUUGGAAUGAACUAGUUAUACGAAACAUGCGACGAAGAAAUUCCAUGGUGCUGGAUCUGGCGUGUAGCAUAAGUCCUUUACUUGCAGUACUCGGUCUAUUGCUCAUUAAGGAAACCAUUAAGAGGGGGGUGGUAAUGGAACAAGGCAUAGCGACCACAUCGACACAUACGGAGUACGGGACUUUUCUCUUGAAGAACGGGAAUAUGAUAUCCAACCGUGAUGAGAACCUUCCCCCACCCCCUUUCUCUUUCGUUUUCGAGACCAGUUUUCUGACUACCAUUUUCCCGACAGUAAUUUUCUCGAGUAACUCCCUGGUUUCACUGUGUCCCUAUAGGUUCUUUUUGGAGAGGAUUAUACAUCCACAAAUGAUGGUCACGGUCAGCAGUCCAAAUCGUCCCUCCAACCACGCGAAGACCGUACUGGUGAAAUCCGCAGCCACGUCUUCGUCGGUCGGACGUCCGAAUGUCAUUGAUUAGUGACACUUCUAGUAAAGAAUAUCUGAGGUCAACAUUGGAUAUGCUUGCUUCAUGGACAACAUACACUCGUUCUAAGACACA